AUGCCACAAUCAUUAACAGCUAUUAAACUCCAAAAGAAAACACAAAACACUUACGAAAAAAUAUUCGAAGUAAUAAUGUCUAAAUGUCAAGAACGGGAAUUAUUUCCUGAUCCAUUAUAUAUAUACAUGGAUUUUGAUAAGUCUGCUAUGAGCGCGGUUAAAACUGUCAUUGCCCACACCGAUGACGCGACGAGCAUGACAGGCAUUAACCUGAAUAGCGUAGCGGACAAUUUAAAACAAUGCCAAGAAGCCUUGUUAAAUUUGAGAGGAAUUAUAAGUUUUACCUUUAAUAUACCAAGUUCCUUAUGUAUUGUCAGAACCAAAAUUUUAUUUGACCCUCACGUUAUGCUGAAGCAACUUAAUAAUAUACCUGAAAUAAAAGCUCAUUUGUUGGUAAAAAAUGAAUUUGGGGAAAAGGUUAUUUUACAAACAGACGACGAUUACCUAGAUAACGAUAAACUUGUCUCCAAAAGUCCCCCUUCAAAUAAGAACAAUCAAGACAUAUGUAAAAAGAGUGAUAUAACAUCGGACAUGGCUAAUAAAGCUUCUGGGUGGUUCAAAUCGGCCUAUAGUUUUAUCAAUGAUUCAUUUUAUUGGUGA